CGUGGGUUUACAUUCAACCUGUGCACGGAAGUAAUAUUUAUUAGUUUCGUUUUUUGCGCGUUUCAAAAACAAGAGUUCCGUGAAACGCAAUUGAGGCCGCGAUUCAUGAAAAGUUAGCGCAAGAUGCGCGUGGUCGAUGUUAAUAUGAGUGUGAAUCACUAGCGUGCAAGCAAGAUAGGUAAAGAAAUCGUUAAACUUGAGCAUGAAUCGCGACCUCCUCGCGAGCAUAAUCGACAUCGUAGCACCCGUCUCCUACCUACCUACAUACGUACAUAUGUACUUAUAUAUGUACAUACAUGCAAAGGCAAAAAAUCGGAGUGUGAAAUUGUUUGGUUAUGUGUGGCGGCUGCAAUCCAAAUGUGAUGUAUGAAUAGUAUCAGCGUCAAAAAUCAAGAAAACUUUUAUAGCAAUUACCAAUAGAAGCAGCCGCAGCACUAGUGGCAGCACAGCAGCAGCACCACCACAACAUAUGUAUGCAUGUACGUAAAUGUUGGCACAACACAGUGAAAAUAUUAAAUCGUCUCUAAUGGCUGGUGGCGAUGGCGGCGAUGCCGGCGGUAGCGUUACAGCGACAAGCAUUAGCAGCAGCAGCAGCAAUAACAGUAAUACAAGUAGCAGUAGCAACACUGCCCAAAAGGGAGACAGAAACAGGGAUAGGGACAGCGUUGUGAAAUUAUUAGUCGGGCCCAACAAUCUGGACAUGUUGUGUUACUCCAAGGACUUGGACUUUAACUUACAAGAUGUCCCGUUGUUUAUAUCAGACUGGCUGUGUCCACUCUCCUUCUUGGCCAAACGGCAUCAGGAAAAUAUAGAGCCGCUUGUCUACGAGCGUCAUGCAUGGCGUAUACGGGAACGCAUGAAAACUGCCAGUGUUGCGCUGGUAUUGUGCCUUAACAUUGGCGUCGAUCCGCCUGAUGUGGUUAAAAUUCAGCCCUGCUCCCGACUUGAGUGCUGGAUCGAUCCGUCGUCAGUGUCGGCACCUAAGGCUAUGGAGCUCAUUGGAAAUAAUCUGCAGAUGCAAUAUGAGCGCUGGCAGCCACGAGCUCGCUAUAAAAAGUGUCAUGAUCCCACAAUAGAUGAUGUAAAGAAACUGUGUACAUCACUGCGUCGUAAUGCCAAGGGCGAGCGCAUAUUGUUUCACUAUAAUGGACACGGCGUGCCCAAGCCCACGGGCAAUGGGGAGAUUUGGGUGUUUAAUAAAACUUUUACGCAAUAUAUACCGUUGAGCAUAUUCGACCUGGUCGCCUGGAUGUCGGCCCCUUCGAUCUAUGUAUACGAUUGCUCUAAUGCGGGUAUAAUUCUCAAUCUGUUCCAAACCUAUGCAGAUCAACAUGAGCGUGAGCUGGAAAAGGCAGCUUCUCUUCAGCGGGGCGUGGUCUUGGUGCCUGGCCAAACACAGCCUCAGCAAUUGGUCAGCUACAAGAAUUGCAUACAUCUGGCCGCAUGCGCUGCUAAUGAGAUUCUACCUAUGAACUCACAGUUGCCGGCGGAUCUAUUUACGUCCUGCUUGACCACUCCCAUCAACAUUGCCCUCAAAUGGUAUGCCAUGCAGGAGAAAUUGGGUAUGGUGCCGCGUAUACCCAGCGACCUUAUCGAUAAGAUACCGGGCAAGGUAAACGAUCGCCGCACAAUGAUGGGUGAACUGAAUUGGGUAUUUACGGCCAUUACGGAUACAAUAGCAUGGAAUACGUUGCCGCGGGAUCUAUUUCAGCGUCUUUUCAGGCAGGAUCUGUUGGUGGCCAGUCUAUUUCGAAAUUUCCUGCUGGCCGAGCGCAUUUUACGUUCUCAUGACUGUACACCAGUGUCGCUACCUCCGUUGCCUCCCUGCUUCCGUCAUCCGAUGUGGAAUGCCUGGGAUCUGGUCGUGGAUCUAGCGCUACAACAAUUGCCGGAUAUACUUGAGCACAAUGCCGUGUAUCGACAGCUGCCCUUCUUUGAGGAUCAGCUGACUGCCUUUCAAGUGUGGCUAGACAGCGAAUCGGAAUCACGAACACCCCCGGAACAGCUGCCCAUUGUGUUGCAAGUGCUGCUAUCGCAGGUCCAUCGUCUGCGAGCUCUCGAGCUGCUUGCCCGCUUCCUUGAUCUGGGACCUUGGGCUGUCAAUUUAGCACUGGGAGUAGGCAUCUUUCCGUAUGUGCUCAAACUGCUGCAGAGUUCGACUCGCGAACUGCGCCCUGUACUGGUGUUCAUCUGGGCCAAGAUUUUGGCUGUCGAUCCAAGUUGCCAAGUGGAUCUGGUCAAGGAAUACAAGUACUUUCUAUCUGUGCUACAGGACAAUACUGUCUCCAAGGAGCAUCGUACGCUCUCUGCUUUCGUGCUGGCCUCCAUUGUUCACAACUUUUUGUUAGGUCAGACGAGUGCGCUGCAGGGCCCGCUACUUUCUAUCUGCCUGGAGCAGCUAAACGAUGGCAGCUGGCUGCUGCGCCAGUGGUUAGCUAUCUGCCUUGGGGUAUUGUGGCAAAACUUUGAAAAGGCACGUUGGUCAGGCGCCCGUGAUUUAGCGCACGAAAAACUGUACGUCCUGUUGCGUGAUUCCAUUCCCGAAGUGCGCGCUGCGGCCGUGUUUGCUCUGGGCACGUUCAUCAGCUCGGUGACGGAUCGUAGCGAAGAGCAGGCAAACAAUAUCGAUCGUAUCAUAGCAAUCACGCUGUUGGAAACAGUUGGCGAGGAUAUGUCGCCGCUGGUACGUCUCGAGCUGGCCGCAGCGCUUCAAUGGAUGGUUCUGCUCUUCGAGUCACAAUUCAUCACCGUGUACGCAUCGGAGCACAGCAACUGUUCUACAUCUUCGCUUGUAGCCGGUGGUGAGCGCAGUGCCAGUAUCACCCACGGCAUGCCGGGUGCACCAAGUGGAGCAGGCCUCAGCCACUCAUCCACACACAGCUUGGAGAGGCAUACAACUAUACGGCGUGGCGUUAGCUAUAGCUCUAUAUCGAACAUGUCGACAUCAAGCACUGCGGCCAGCACCACCACCAUACCGUUCCAAUCCAUCUUUACAAAGCUGUGGCAGGGAAUUUGCAAUUUAGGUCACGAUCCCUUCCCAUUGGUCGCGACCACGGCACAGAAAAUCAUCAACUACAUCGUCGAUGCGCACGCGCAUAUGCGCGAAGCGGCACUAAUAAUAACCGACAAAGAGGCCACUAUCGCAACAGAAAAAUGCUCCAGUCUGAGUGUCAGCUUACCGCCCAGUCCCAACACGCGAACCAGAUAUUUGGGCGGUGGUGGCGAGUCGCCGCCCAUUGGGACCACGGGUAAUGCCGGCAUCUAUCAAGGAAGAGUAUGGGCUGCCCUACGCCUCCCUAACAGCACUGGUGAUCCACAGCAUGUAUUGCGAAAACGGCGCACAAGCUCCAUGAACGAUGAAACAGACAGCGGCCUCGCGUCAGCCGCCACCAUGAAUUUGGGUGGCGACAACGGGGCUUCCGGUGCUGGUGUGAGCGUUGGUUCUCAUUCUGCGCACAGUAGCGGCAGCGAAAGCAAUCAUUACCAUGAGCCUGGAAAAGUCCGUAUGCAGCCUAGACCGAUCGUGGCGACAAAAUUUUUACCGUGGGCGAUUUCGUACUUCACACGUGCAGGUAAGAACCGAUACAGUUCGGCCGAGGGAAGCGAGGAGGGCCGUCAGCGUUGGCCAGUGGACAAGAACUCUGCGGAAUUGCGGAGACGCGCAUAUAGCUACAUGCGCAACGAACGUAUUCGCCGGUGUGCAUUUGAGCAGCGGUCAGACAAACGCCUGGUACGCCAGUAUUCCUAUAGUUGGGUGCGUCGCACACAAUUCACGCCUGCCAUUGUCAAGCUGCUGCCCUACGAGCAGGAGAUCGCGGUGGCCUACAAGGAGAAGGUCCUCAUCUACGAUUGGCACCGCAACGCAGGUCACACGUUCGAGCCGAAGACGGCCGCCCAGAGUCAUGGCGCCGGCGCAAACGGUAACAGUUCCCUAAAUGGCAGCACGCCACGCAAACAUGGUGUGGGCGCCACGUCCGGCAUAAAUGCAGGCGCUAACAGUGCCACCAAUUUUGCACGGGUCUCUAGCAUUGAGUUUUUAAAUACCCAGGAUAUUGGACUAGUCUUGGCCGCCUACUAUGACGGAGUCAUACGUGUUUGGCAGUCAACAGGGAGUGGCGCAGGAAGCAGCGGCGAGGAGACACGCUCCAGUGAGACACGCCUCAUCACCGCCUGGGAUGCAUUGCCGCCUGCAGCCUACCACAAUAUCAGUUCCUAUGGCAGCGGCAGCGGUUCCGCCAGCCUGCUGCGUCAUCAGCGCACCAGCAUGAGCGAUCACAACUCCACGGGCAUUGUGACCGCCUGGCAACAGUACAGCCAACAUUUGGUGGUAGGCGGGGGUGCCUGCAAGUUCCUACGCAUCUGGGAUGUAGAGCGGGAGUUAAAACUAUGCGAUUUACAGUUGGGACGGGAGACAACAGUGCGUGUGCUCUCGCCUUUUGUGAGCAACGUGCGCAGUGAUCUAAUUAUCGCCGGCUGUAGUGAUGGCAGCGUCCGUCUCUUCGACAAGCGGUGUACGCCACAGGAUGCACGUAUUCGUGUCUAUCGGGAACAUGCCACGCAUAUCAUGCACGCGUGCUUGCGAGCCAAUGAGACGGAUCUUGUCACUGGGUGCAAAGCGGGCAAGGUGUUUGUCUUUGAUUUGCGUGCUCGCUCCCAAACCGGCGUGCUGUACCAAUGGGAAGCUGGAGAGAAUGUGACUGCAUUUGCGAGUCACCAGUUUGCGGAUGCUGUGGCCUGCGGCAAUGCCGCAAAAAUAUCAAUUUACUCGCUGAACGGACGCACACAGAGUGUGCUGCGCAGCAACGAGGGCUUUAUGGGCUCCAAAAUUGGGCAUCCAACCUGCCUAUCAUUUCAUACGUAUAAGAUGCAGCUAGCAGUGGGAUUCGUUGACAACACAGUCGCGGUCUAUAGUCCCACGCCAGUUUUAUAAACUCUGUAGCCGAUGGAAAACUGACGUUGAUGAGAAUCCUGAAACAUUGGUUAACGCACGUAGCUUUUAUGGUGAGCCGGAGAUGCAAGCAGCAGUUGAGCAAAUAAGGCGCAAAACCCAACUGGCAGACCUC